CCUGUGAAGCCUGUACCGAGCAGGACCGGGGCUCCGUGUCCCCUCUCCCGUUCCUCUCCUGCCCUCAAACCACGUCUGCCUGCCUUUGCGCAGGACACCAGGCACAGAGGCUCUGACCUCUUGGCAGGUUAAGCCCUGCCCAUUCCUCCGGAUUAAGGCGGGGCGCGGCCUAAGCCUAUUUCCUCCCGCCGCCCCCGGGGAUGGCCCAGCAUGGAGGACGAUUGCCCUGAGCGCCGCGGCGGGGAGACCUGCAUGAAGGUGGAUGAUGGCGACGGUGCUGGGCUCAGUGGUCUUCUCCUUCUCCUCCUCCAGCCUUCGGGUCAUGGGGCUGCCCGGGGGGAUUCGCCUGAGACAGGCGGCAGCUCCCUGGGGGGCCUGGCCCGCUCACUACAGAGGGCUGAGGCAAUGCUGCGGAGCUGUGUCACCCCCAGCCUACGCCGCCUGCUGCCACCGCGGGCCCGCCAGCGCAGUAAUGAUGGCAGUGAAGAUGAGGAUGACGAUGAGGAAGAAACACCAACCUUUGUUGCCCCGCUGGAGCAGAGCUUCCCGGGACUGCGCCGCUGCCUCUGUGUCUGGGAGGACCCCCGCACCGAGACCUUCCAUGGCCACGUGCGGCACCAGCCCGGUGACAACACCGGUGCCACUGCCUUCACCUACCACCCGGUGCACCCACGUGUAGCUGAGCGCGGGGCUGCGCUUCAUGCCCUUCUGCAGCAUCGUCACCUCCUCCGCCUGGCCCGUGACUACAGUCGUCGCCUGAAGGCGACUUCUGACUUUCUUCGCCGGCUCAUGGCAUUACCGGAGCCACUGGCAGGAGAACUGGGAGCCAACCGGUCACUGCGGGAGCUGUGCCAGGAGCUGCGGACUCAUGCUGGGCACUGGAGUGGGCUGCGGUGGCGGAUUGGCGGGGACCCGUGGCUGCGGCCACUGCUGCUGCGCCGGCAUGAGUCAGUGGCAUACAUGCGGCAGGCGCUGGUGCUGCCGGUGCUGGCUGCAGCACGGCUGGCUAAGCGGCAUGUUGAGGCACAGCUGCGGGCACUGGCACAAGCUGGCACCGUGGCAGAACUCCCUUCCCCGGCAUCUCUGUCUGACCUCUUCCAGGGCAUUGAGAUCUACAACCGCACUGUGGGUGACCUGGCCCUGGAACUGGGCAUCAAUGGUGGCUGCAGUGUCACCAGUGACCACUCCUGCACUUUCCCUGCAGCAAAGGUGCUGGAGAUCCUGGCCACUGAGCGGGGACAGCUGGCAGCGAAGCGGCUUCAACCCUUCCUGCAACCACAGCAUGUGGCAGAACAUAUCUCCUGGGAGAACGUGGCAGUGCCUUGGCCUCCAGAGUGUAGUGCUGUGGCAGGCAUGGAGCCUUCCAGACUGGGCUUCACCAGGAAGCUGCAGGAGCUGUGCAGGGAGGAUGAGGAGCUGAUUGGCCACAUCUUGGGGGUGCUGGUGGCCUCCACCAACACCCUCUGGUACCAUGUCCUCCAUGGACCCAACCAAGAGAAGCCGUUGAUACCCAGCCCCAUGCUCCCAGAGCUGGUGGGCAUGGACACUGGCAGCAGGCUGAGCUCUGCCGGUUGGAAGUCAGUGCGGUGGCUGGAUGCAUCCUGGGCACCGGCUGCCGAGGCCCUGCACACCCGGUACCGCCAACUCUUCUGGAGGGCCACCAGUGCUGCCCUGGGGCACCGUCUGGGGCUGCCUCACUGCCCCACGGGCAACAUCAUGGCCACAGCAAGGGACAUGAGCCAAGCACUUUCCAGGGCUGAUGUGCCACAGGAGUGUGAAGAGGAGCUGGGGUGGCUCUGCCUGAGGCUGCUCUGCCAGGGUGUUCUCCAGAGCUGGGGCAGUGGCUUCUGCCAUGCCCUGGGCUCAGCGCUGUCAGACCCAUGCUCUGGGGAACCAGGGCCGGUACCGGCGGCAGGGCCGGUGCGGAGCCGGACAGGAUGGUGCCUGCAGCGGCUCUACCCAGGGCUGGCCCUGGCCCUGCACUGCUUACAGACGCUGCCUGGCCACCCCUCCAGCCAGUCCUGCCUGCGGCUGCAGAUCCUGUCACGGUGUGUGGCCACAGCCCAGGCCUGCUGCUGGUGGCUGAUGAGCAGAGCCUGCAGGUACUUGUCAGCUUGGGCACUGCCCCAGUUCCUCAUCGUCACCCAGGGGGACCUGCAGCUGCUGAAGACAGAGACGGACAACCUGGUGCUGCUGGUGAGUGAGACUUUCCCAGUGCCUGGGGAUGCUCUCCCAGGACCAUCCCCCUGGGAGCACCAACUCUGCCAGCAGCUUCACUCCGUGGCCAGCAGCAUCCAGCUCUUUUCAGGGGAUGUGCUGAAGAUGUUCUCCACUGACUGCAAGCGGAUGUCGGCCGAGAUCUUUGAUCAGACAAUGCCACUGGGCAAGCACUGGCGGGUUGGCCUGCGUCCUGACCUGCCUAGCUCACCCAGCGCCUAUGCAGCAGCAGCAGUACAAGCAGUGCUCGGCCAGGUGCUGCAGGGUGCCCAGCUCCUUCCCCGUGAUGCCCAGACGCCUGCCCUAGCACGGGUCACCACAGCCUUCCUGGAGGCCUGGAUGGACCAUAUCCUAGCCCAGAGGAUCAAGUUCAGCCUGCAGGGAGCCCUGCAGCUGCGGCAGGACUUCGAGCUGGUGCGGGAACUGGUGGUCUCAGAGCGCUACGGGCUGGCCCCUGAGACCCGGCAGGCCCUGCUUGCCCUCCGUGUCUUCCAGCAGAUGGAUGGAGCUAUCCUCUGCCUCCUGCAGCAGCCGGGGGGUGCUGCUGGCGGGACACCGCGGCCCUGGCACAACCUGCGCCGCUGCUGUUCAGAUGAUGGUACUCACCUGCAGGAGCCAGGCACUGAUGCCCUCCAUGGCCUCGACACCCUGGAACCGGCACCGGUGGCACCCACAGGGGCCACCCCCCAAGCUGAUCCUAGUGUCCGGCUGCGCAGCGGCGUUCCCGAGUCCUAUUUGUCUGGCAGCCAGCAGCAGUGGCUGUCGCUGCGGCUGAACAGGGCGCGCCGGUGGCGUGUGCCUGGCUUGCCCUGUGUGGGCAACAACCCCGAGACCUGACUGUGUGCAAUAAAAGGGGGGGUCCCCGUGUCCGCCUCCA